CUCCAUUGGCCGGGACAGAAAGAGGAGGGACCCACCGGCAGUCGGAUUCUUUAAACAAACUUUUCAGGAGGACUGCCUGCUUCCCCUUCGCACUGCUGUGUUGGUGACAGACAAAAGGAGUUUGAGAGGACUUCCAGAUAUUUCUACCUGAAGCCAAGGCCCAGAACAAGCAGCCGCCAUGUCGAGCAAGCGUGCCAAGGGAAAGACCACCAAGAAGCGUCCUCAGAGGGCCACCUCCAACGUCUUCGCCAUGUUCGACCAGUCUCAGAUCCAAGAGUUCAAAGAGGCGUUCAACAUGAUUGACCAGAACCGAGAUGGUUUCAUCGACAAGGAGGAUCUGCACGACAUGCUGGCCUCUCUGGGCAAGAACCCCUCUGAUGAAUACCUGGAGGGGAUGAUGAGCGAAGCACCAGGACCCAUCAACUUCACCAUGUUCCUCACCAUGUUUGGAGAGCGGCUCAACGGAACAGACCCCGAAGAUGUCAUACGCAACGCCUUCGCAUGCUUUGACGAGGAGGGAUCUGGUGUGAUCCAUGAGGACCAGCUGAGGGAGCUGCUGACCACCAUGGGCGACCGCUUCACGGACGAAGAGGUGGACGAGCUCUUCCGCGAGGCGCCUAUCGACAAGAAGGGCAACUUCAACUACGCAGAGUUCACGCGCAUCCUCAAACACGGCGCCAAAGACAAGGAUGACGAGUAGAGGGAGACAGCGACUUUCUCGGCACAUACAUGCUCCACAAAUCAACCCCCGGUUUCCAACUUUACGGACCUUGUUAGUUUUUAAAGAGCAAGUGUCCAUUGUUUGGAAGUCAUUUAGAUGUAAACAUGCUUAGUAUAAUAAAGCAGCUUAGGAUCCACUUGGGAUCCACAGUAAUAUUUAGCGGCAUCGUUUUUGGGAGGUGUAUUUGAAUCUCAUAGCUACAAGUCUCCUGUGGCUUCACGGAGGGCUGGGUGGAUGUUUUAAAUGUGUUGGCGGGUGGAUAGGCUGGGAUACUCCGUACCAACAAUGUUUACCUUACUUGCUAAUUAGCUACCACACCUGCACAAGCACUACAAACUGUCUCCUGAUUUGUAAUAUUUGAAUGCCUGCAUUGCGAAUGGUUAAAAAAAGAUGUAAUUUGGGUUGUUAAGUUGGUGAGUACUGGGGGGGAAAUAAGUAAGAUAACAUGGCUUCAAUAAAAGGGUUGGUGGAGCUUUUAUACUCUACAUCAGUUGGUUGUGUGUACUUGAAGGAUCAGUUUACUUCGUUGUGUUGCAGGAAAUCAGGCUUCAAUUGUUGAGGCAAAUAAAGUUUAUUUGUUGAUCCCAA